AUGAAUACCUGCCACUUUGAAAUGCCCCAUUCACUUUCAAAGGGCUUAUUUUACUAUUUAAAGCAAGCCACUAAUGCACUUUUUCCUUUUUUUUUCCCUCUCUCUUUGUCUCGCAGGCUUUGCACUCUCACGCUGAAAAAACUAGUGGUUCUGAAAGAGCUGGACAAAGAACUCAACUCAUUAUCGAUAGCUGUCAAAAUCCAGGGCUCGAAGCGUCUGCUGCGUUCAAACGAGUACAUCCUCCCUCCCAGCGGCCUGAUGGAGACAGAUCUGGAGCUGACGUUCUCACUACAGUACCCUCACUUUCUGAAGAGAGACUCCAACAGACUCCAGAUCAUGCUGCAGAGGCGGAAACGCUACAAGAACCGAACCAUCCUGGGCUACAAGACUCUUGCCGUGGGAGUCAUCAAUAUGGCCGAGGUGAUGCAGCACCCCACAGAUGGCGGUCAGAUCCUGGGUUUACACAGUAACGUGAAGGAGGCUCCGGUGCGAGUGGCCGAGAUCAGCGUCUUCUCUCUGUCCUCUCAGCCAAUCGACCACGAGGACGGCAGCGGGCAGGCGGGGCGCAAGACCAAGACCUCAGACCGCUCUCCGGACAUGGACAACUAUUCUGAGGAGGACGAUGACAGCUACUCGUCUGAGCAGGAAGCCAGUGACGACGCAGUGCACGGCCAGGAUCUUUACGAUGAAGACGAUGAGGUGAGAAAGCCGAAGAAGGCGAGACGGAAAAUGAUCCGAACCACCUCCAUGACCAGGCAACCCAACUUUAAGCAGAAGUUUGUGGCCUUGUUGAAGAGGUUCAAAGUUACAGAUGAGGUCCUGGACUCGGACCCGGUGGACCAGACGCAGGAGGUAGAGGAGGACCUGGACCUGCUCUACGACAGUCUGGAGGUUUAUAACCAGAGCGACAGUGGGCCUGAGAUGGAGGACAACGAGAGUGUUCUGAGCACGCCCAAACCCAAACUCAAGCCAUUUUUUGAAGGGAUGUCACACUCCAGCUCGCAGACUGAGAUCGGCAGCAUCCACAGCCACAAGAGCCAGCAGAGGGAGCUGUCAUGUCCCACUGGAGACUUUCUGACCGUAGACAGAUGCAAAAUGCAGAGCAGCCGGUACCAUGACGACAGCAUCAACGACGCCACUGCCGGGGAGCCAGAGACUGACGACAGCGGUCCGGGGCAAGGCGAGGUGAGCAGCUGGGAUGUCAACUCCGAGCGAGUGUCUAGCACGGUUGGAAAGCUCUGCAAAACCGAGUCCCAAAACCACAUGUCUCCAAGUAAAAUGGACAACAAACUGCAGAGGCGAACGCGCAGUACCUCCAUGAAGGACAGGCAAAACUCUAAGGCCCAGAACGACCGCACGAGCAGCAUGGAGAGUGAAUGCUCCCCAGACUCCAGGCUUAUAGCACAGGUUCCCAGGAAGUCCGUGUACGAUCAGCUCAAUCAGAUCCUUAUUUCUGACGAGCGGUUACCAGAGUGCAUUAUUCUCAUCAACACUACAGAGUGGCAGGGACAGUAUGUAGCGGACCUGCUUCAUGAACAGGGCCAGCCCAUAGUGUCCACCUGCUCUGCUGCAGAUGUCCAGGCCGCCUUCAACACCAUCGUCACGCGCAUCCAGAGAUUCUGCAACUGUAACGCACAGACUCCUCCUACCAUGAAGGUGGCGGCAGCCGGAGACCAGAGUUACCUCAGUACGAUAUUGAGGUUCUUCGUGGAGCAGCUGGCCAAUAAAACACCUGACUGGCUCAGUUAUAUCCGCUUCCUGGUCAUCCCCAUUGGUUCACAUCCUUUGGCCAAACACGUGGCCUCGUUCGACAGCAAGUUCAACAAUCUGUUUAUGGACACAGCCUGGAGGGAGCUGUUCUGCAGGACGGAGCGGCCCACUUCAGAUAACAUUGACGUAGCUGGACGGGUGGUGCAGUAUUUAGCUGGAGCCAACGUAUCUCACCAGUUCCCCAUCUCCGAGGCCAUGCUCACCUACAAACAAAAGAGGAAAAGAAGUUUGUAUUUUGAUUUUUACAUCAGCCCGGAUGAAGACUCCUGUCAGAAGUUUGUGCCAUUUAUUGGGGUUGUAAAAGUAGGAAUUGUGGAGCAGAGCCUGUCAACGUCAGUGGAUUCAGAUGACGCAAUGGGCGGCAACACGAGCAUCCUGUCCUCCCCAACUCCCCCCACGGCCGGUCCGUAUGGGAAGGAGAUCGGCAGCACCCCCCCUCAGUCCCCCUCCGUGUCCACUGCCCUGUCUGGAGCUGGCUCUCCAUGCUCGGGCAGUGAGGUGAUGGGUCUCCAGGUGGACUACUGGACGUGGCAGGGUCCCGAGAAGAAGAAGGAGGGAGAGAAGCGUGACGUGGGACUCAAAAACACCUUAAAGAGUAACUUCAGGUCUCUGCAGGUGAGCCGCCUGCCCUGCGGAGGAGAGCUGACCCCGCCCCCCAGCAUGGCCAUGACCGUGGUGACCAAGGAGAAGAACAAGAAGGUGAUUUUCCUCAGUAAGAAGCCCAAGGAGAAAGAGCUGGACUCUAAGAGCCAAGUGAUAGAUGGGAUCAGCCGCCUGAUCUGCACGGCCAAGCACCAGCACACCAUGCUGAGAGUGACUAUUGACGGCGUGGAAUGGAAUGAUGUGAAGUUUUUCCAGCUGGCGGCGCAGUGGCCCACACACGUGAAGCACUUCCCUGUUGGGAUCUUUGGUUACUCCAAACCUGUGUGACCCUGCGAAUCCGAGGGUCCCGGCAAAACUAGUUUUCCUGUGGAAAUCUGAACUGACUCUAACCACAAGCUACAUGUUGUCAAGUUGAUGUUUCGAUGUUGUUGGGUGGUGAUGUUGUUUUUUUACACACUACAAAAACAAUUUUGUAAGUUUUGUGCUACAGCCUCUGAGGUAUUUUGAGGUUUUUGACAAAUUGCCACAUUUGGAUAAUGGCAGCUGUGUUUGCACUUUGUUUUGUUAACAUUUUAUUAUUAUUUCUGUGAAAUCCUACAUUUAUUGUUACUCUAUAGACAUGGAGGAGUGUGCCGGUGGCGUGCAGUGGCGUGUGUGCGAUUGUUGAGUUGAAAUGUGCUCGUGUUUGUCGUUGAAAGUUGGAAAAUUGCUGUGAAUUUAGUUGGAUCCUUCUCCUCAGACUCAGUGCUCAGUUUUUAACCCUUUACUUUGUCAAUUUUUUAUAGAAAAGUUCUUAUUGCCUCCUAAAGCUUAAAGCACACUGUGUACCUAACAUCUAAACAGCUAUGGCUAGGUCGUGUUUUUGAGGGUAGCUAUAAUGAAUGUAGCUAAAACUUAUUAUUCACCACAUGUAAACUGCUCUUUGUGACUUUUGUAUCGGUGUUUAAGUACAUUCAGACUGUACAGCGACACCUACAGUAGAAGCAGGGUAUACCACACACAUUUAGUUUGCGAUAGCUUAAUGCCAAAAGUAGUUGUCAAUGUCACAAUUAACCAUUUUUCUCUGUUACAUAAAGGGCCACUAUUUACUGAUGCUAUAUUCUCACUGUACACAUUUUUACAGUAACUCUAACCCACAUUGCUUCAGCUGUGCAGUUCAUGUGCCAAAGCCUCACUAGAGCUUGUAGUGUUUUAUGGCCCUUUUGGAGGCCAGUAUUGCUGUUACUGAGUGUUCAGUAGAUCAAAUUCACACAUUAGCACGCUACAUUUGGCCAUAUAAAAAAAGACAUAAAGCAUCAAAGGUGGGUAGUGUAGCCAAAAAUGUACCCAUAAAAGUAUCAUAAAGUUAAAAUACUUCUCAAGUUAACAGUAUUUGGUGUAGAAACUUAAUUAGACAUUUUAGACUUGACAAAACAUAAAAAUUCUGAUAAAAGUAAAAACAAUUAAUCAUUUCUAUUUAAA